AUGUCCACCACAACUACCCCUACCAAGCCCACACGCAUCACCCCAGACGAGCAGCUUCAUUUCCUCCUCAGCUGUAUUCGCCACUCCAACAGCGGCAAGAUUGACUUCACCGCCGUCGCUAAAGAAUGCAGUAUCGUCACCAAAGCCGCUGCAGCAAAGCGCUACGAACGCCUCCUGAAGUCCCACGGCAUCAACACCUCAGGCAGUGGCUCACUCCCCUCCUCCUCUAACAACACGCCUGCCAAGAAACGACCGGGAACAGCUACUACCACUGCUAGUAGUACUGCCGCCGCAGGGAGCACAACUCCGACCUCGCGAAAGCGUAAGGCCGAUGGCAUCAGCGAUGCAUCAAAGAAAGCGAAGGGGUUGAAGAAGAUGGCUGUCGCUCGGGCGGAGAGUUUGAUGCAGAAGAAGCAGCAUGCCGGUGUUGGAAUUAAGAAGGAGGAAGGUGUUGAUGAUGAUGAGGAGGAGACUGAGGAGGAUGAGGAGAUGAGGGCAUUGGAGGAGGAGGGGCUUUCUGGUGUUGGUGGGGAGUUGGCUGUGAAGGAGGAGGCUGGGGAUGAUGAGGAGGAGGGGGUGGAGGUGAAUGAGGCUUGA